CCCGCCCCCUGACAGGGGUGAGAGGUCAGCGGCGGGCCGGCCUGCUGGGUCGACAAUGGCGGGGCUGUGGGUCGGGACGGUGGCGCAGGUCGCGGCCAGGCGGCAUUGGCGGCGGCCCCCGCAGCAACUGCUGUGGACGCUGAAGCAUGUUCCAGUCUAUUCACAGAAGUCCCUAGUGGAGUUCCGAAGUCUCAGUUCUAUAGAAUAUGACUCUAAAGAAAAAACUUUUGAUAAAAUUCUCAUUGCUAACAGAGGAGAAAUUGCAUGUAGGGUUAUUAAAACUUGCAAGAAGAUGGGCAUCAAGACAGUGGCCGUUCACAGUGAUGUUGAUGCCAGUUCCGUUCAUGUGAAAAUGGCGGAUGAGGCUGUCUGUAUUGGCCCAGCUCCCACCAGUAAAAGCUACCUCAACGUGGAUGCCAUCAUGGAAGCCAUUAAGAAAACCAGGGCCCAAGCUGUACACCCAGGGUAUGGAUUCCUGUCAGAAAACAAAGAGUUUGCAAGAUGUUUGGCAGCAGAAGAUGUCACUUUCAUUGGACCUGAUCCUCAUGCUAUUCAAGCCAUGGGUGACAAGAUAGAAAGCAAACUAUUAGCCAAGAAAGCAAAGGUCAACACAAUCCCUGGUUUUGAUGGGGUAGUAAAGGAUGCAGAUGAAGCUGUCAGAAUUGCAAGGGAAAUUGGCUACCCUGUGAUGAUCAAGGCCUCAGCAGGUGGCGGUGGGAAAGGCAUGCGCAUCGCUUGGAAUGACGAAGAGACCAGGGAUGGUUUUAGAUUUUCAUCCCAGGAAGCUGCUUCUAGUUUUGGUGAUGAUAGACUACUGGUAGAAAAAUUUAUUGAUAACCCUCGUCAUAUAGAAAUCCAGGUUUUAGGUGAUAAGCACGGCAAUGCUCUGUGGCUCAAUGAGAGGGAAUGCUCAAUCCAGAGAAGAAACCAGAAGGUGGUAGAGGAAGCACCAAGCAUUUUUCUGGAUCAUGAGACUCGCCGAGCAAUGGGAGAACAGGCUGUGGCUUUGGCUAAAGCUGUGCAGUAUUCCUCUGCUGGAACUGUGGAAUUUCUCGUGGACUCCCAGAAGAAUUUUUAUUUCUUGGAAAUGAACACAAGACUCCAGGUUGAGCAUCCUGUCACAGAAUGCAUUACCGGCCUGGACUUAGUCCAAGAAAUGAUCCGUGUUGCUAAGGGUUACCCUCUCAGGCACAAGCAAGCGGAUAUUCCCCUCAGUGGCUGGGCAAUUGAAUGUCGGGUUUAUGCUGAGGACCCCUACAAGUCUUUCGGUUUACCGUCUGUUGGGAGACUGUCUCAGUACCAAGAGCCGAUACAUCUACCUGGUGUUCGAGUUGACAGUGGCAUCCAACCAGGAAGUGAUAUCAGCAUCUAUUAUGACCCUAUGAUAUCAAAACUAAUCACAUAUGGGUCUGAUAGAGCGGAAGCACUGAAGAGGAUGGAAGACGCACUGGAUAAUUAUGUGAUCCGAGGUGUUACGCACAACAUCCCCUUGCUUCGCGAAGUGAUAAUCAACACACGCUUUGUGAAAGGGGACAUCAGCACCAAAUUUCUCUCUGAUGUGUAUCCUGAUGGCUUCAAAGGACACACGUUAGCACAGAGUGAGAGAAACCAGUUACUGGCCAUAGCAUCGUCGUUGUUUGUGGCAUCCCAGUUACGAGCACAGCGCUUUCAAGAGCAUUCAAGAGUGCCAGUUGUUAGAACAGAUGCGGCUAAGUGGGAGCUCUCCAUAAAGUUACAUGAUGAAGAUCACACUGUCGUGGCGUCAAACAGUGGGUCGACUUUUGCUGUGGAAGUUGAUGGGUCGAAACUAAAUGUGACCAGUACGUGGAACCUGGCAUCACCCUUACUGUCUGUCAACGUUGAUGGCACACAGAGGACUGUGCAGUGUAUUUCUCGAGAAGCGGGUGGAAACAUGAGCAUUCAGUUUCUUGGCACAGUGUACAAAGUGCACAUUUUAACCAAACUUGCAGCAGAACUGAACAAAUUCAUGCUUGAAAAAGUAACCGAGGACACAAGCAGCAUUCUACGUUCCCCGAUGCCUGGAGUGGUGGUGGCCGUUUCUGUCAAGCCUGGAGACAUGGUGGACAGCAGUCCUGUUGGCCCUAAUGCUAGGCUGUUGUCUUCAGCUCCCAGGAUAAAGGCAAAUGUGCACCUGUGGGUAGCAGAAGGUCAGGAAAUCUGUGUGAUUGAAGCUAUGAAAAUGCAGAACAGUAUGACAGCUGGGAAAAUGGGCAAGGUGAGAUCGGUGCACUGCAAAGCUGGCGACACGGUUGGCGAGGGAGACCUGCUGGUGGAGCUGGAAUGACGUCACCGUGCUCCAUCAGCAUUUCCAUUAUUCUCUACCCUCAGUUUGUUCCAGCGUUCACAGGAGCGCUCCUGUGCAGCAGGUUCUACAGCAUCGCAUUUAUUCCCCAGAAGAAGCAAAACUGACAUUCUGCCAAAAAAUCACCAAUGGAAAUUUUUAUUGAUAUAAAUACUUGUACAUAUGAUUUGUACUUCUGCUGAGAUUUCCUAGUGUCAAAAUUAAAUCAAUAAAACCAAGCACUUGUCUAAA